AGCGCGAGGAGGAAGAAGAUAUUUGUGAAAGACAAAGCGGCAAGCCGCUCGCGCUGCAUGCUAAGCUCGGUGGAACAUAACACAGUUCCGCAAAAACAACAAGUUGGACCGUAAGUUUGCGAGCAAUCCAGGAGGAGUCGCCCGGCUUCUCGGCGCCCUCCGAUUAUGAACAGGGGCUCUUUCGAAAGCCCCAAAGCCUCUGGGGAGAUGAGGCCAAGGACGCUCAGCGAUACCGUCCCGGAAAUAGCUGUGGUGAAAGGAGUAGUACACCCGAGGUACGAAACACCAAUCAUUCCAGACUCCAUUAUCUACUAUGGCAGUGGAGCAAUUGUCGUGCUUGUGUUCCUGGGCUUGUGUAUCAUGGCCUACAUGCUCAUAUUUCACGAGGGAGGAGGAAGCCAUGACCUAGAAGACCUGUACAAGUACCUCUAGAAGUUCACGGCCAAGAAGACCUGCCUGUGUAGAAAGUGUGCCAUCAGGAACAGACGUCAUGCAGUGAAUAACUGUGCCUGCUUGUAAGAAUAAAGCAAGUUCUGUUUCAAAGACAGAUUUUAUGCAGA